AUGUUGACAGAGUGGUGAAAUAAUAUAAUUGACUUUUUUUUUGCAUAUUUUAAAGUAAUACUCAAAAUUCACUACAGGUUAAUUAAAAAUAUACUGUUAAACACAACGCGUGACAAAUAUUCGUGAGUUAAAAUUUGAUCUAGGUUCGAAAUCAUGUCACUGUUUGGAUCACCAGCCACGACUUCCGCAGGAACCUUCGGCACUGCUACGCCUUCUACAGGCUUUGCAUUUGGCGCAACGGGUGAUAACAAAUCAGUAUUUGGAUCAGCAAACACAGGCUUUUCUUUUGGUAGUGGUGAUGCGGCAAAGCCCACUUUUGGAGCAGCAACUACUGAGAAUAAACCAGCAUUCAGCUUCAACAGUCCGACCAGCAAUGCACCAGCAUUUGGGGCCAGCUCUUCAUUUUCAUUUGGAUCAGCAGCUAAAACUACUGCUCCCACUUCGUCAUUAUUUGGUUCUCCUAGUACAACAACCGCAGCACCGGCCUUCGGAGCGAGCAAGCCUCUCGGAGGCUUUGGUGGGUUCUCAUCCCCGCCCAACCAAACAGUUGGGAGCCCCGGAUUUGGCCAACCAGCACAGACUGGAGGACAGAGUUCACCGUUCGGCGGUGCCACGCAGACACCCGCAUUAGGACAAGCUGGGCAGGCCCAAGGGUUAACAUUCGGCUCGCCGGCGAACGCGAACAAGCCUGCCAGUGCGUUCGCAUUCGCUACGCCCACGUCAGGCUUCUCCGCGCCUCAGCCCGCCGCUACAACCGCGCAGGCUCCAAGUUUCGGCGCCGCGACGCCGGCGGGAGGCUUCGGCAGUUUCGGUACCACUACUGCUGCACCACAGGCAGCGGCGACAACUGCCACUGGGUUCGGGUUCGGCCAGACCUCUACUCCGGCGCAGGGGCUCAACCUGACCCAGCCCGCAUCGGGGGCGGCCACGGGGCUGAGCUUCGGGUCCACCUUCGGGAAGCCCGCAGCGACACAACCUGCAACCGGUUUAGGUUUCUCUGCGCCACAAGCCACCCAAGCUUCGAGCCUCGGUUUCGGUACAACUCCAGCGACAACUCAAGCAACGGGACUCGGUUUCGGAGCAGCACCGUCAACUCAAGGAACUGGACUGAGUUUUGGAGCCGCACCAGCAUCUACCCAAGCAACUGGGCUUAGUUUUGGAACAACACCCGCGUCAACAGGCACUGGACUCAGUUUUGGAACUACUACUUCCGCUACUCAGGGAACGGGGCUUAGUUUUGGAACAACUCCAGCAUCAACACAAGGAACUGGACUUAGUUUUGGUGCAACUCCAGCUUCCACACCAGCGACUGGUCUUAGUUUCGGGGCGCCGGCUUCCACCGGUACUGGACUUAGUUUCGGAGCAACGCCGGCCUCGAGUGGAACUGGGCUUAGUUUUGGAGCUGGAUCUACAGCUCAAACGACGGCUAGCCUCGGUUUUGGAGCGGCUUCAACGACCGCGACGACGGCCGGGCUCAGUUUUGGGACGACGUCGACCGCGGCCACUUCAGCAGCAACUGGGCUCAGUUUUGGAACUGCGACUAGCAGUGCACUUGGUUUUGGGAAAACUCCGGCUAGUACUGCUGCCACUACUGCCGCUACAAGCUUCCAGCUCGGCAAACCGGCCACAACCAGCGCUGGCGGAUUCAGUCUCACCUCGACCGCCAGCACACAACCUUCAUCCGCGGCAUCCACGACAGCACCUUCCGGCAUAACAGCGUUAGGAAAAACCACCGCCGCCACUACCAUGCCGUCUCUACUCCCUGUAACGACCACAGCAGCCGCGCCGCCUCAGCCAAUCACCUCGAUCACGUUCGCGCAGCUCGAAGAGAACAUCAACAAGUGGACGCUAGAACUUGAGGAACAGGAGAAAACGUUCAUCAACCAGGCCACGCAGAUCAACGCGUGGGACCGGCUACUUAUUGCUAAUGGAGAAAAGAUAGUAGAAGUAAACGACACCGUGCAAGCCGUGAAGAACGAGCAGCAAAGUCUCGAGUUGGAGCUCGACUUCGUGCUGGCGCAACAGAAGGAGCUCGAGGACUUGCUCGCGCCGCUCGAGAAACAGCUGCUCGAGUCCGGGGACAGGCCGCGAGAUCCCGAGAGGGAGCAGAUGUACAACUUAGCCGAAAACCUAGACUCGCAGCUGAAGACAAUGUCGCAAGACUUGAAAGAAGUUAUUGAACACCUCAACGAGACCAAUAGAAGCCAAGACAGUAAUGAUCCAAUCGGUCAAAUAGGGCGCAUUCUAAACGCACACAUGUCGUCAAUGCAGUGGAUAGACAACUCCAUCGCUCAGAUAUCAACCAAACUGGACCAGCUGAAAGCCACCCACGACACACUGAGGCGGGACAACGAAAGAUCGUUUCAUCUAGCUUAUAACUAAAUUAUUUGUUGUUAGGCUUACUAUUAAUAAAAAAUUCUGAGAAGAGACUUAAGUACUGAGAAAAUAAGAUAAACGAGUGCGUUUUAAAUAAUGUAGUAUGGAGCGUAGCUAGCACAAAAGCCAACUGCAAAAUACAGAUGUGAUGCAAUUGAAUGCAAGGGCCGGUUUUUUAAUUUCGUGACGCGACGACAACCAAGCCGCAUACAGCCAAUAAUAAUAUAGUCCAUUUUAGCAAUUUGUUACGUUCAAAAUUCAAAUUCGUACAGAGCGGCGCGUUGGUCGAUAUGGGACCGGGAGUUCUCCCGGUUGUGUCUGUUCAUACAUUACAUACAUACAUACGGUAUUUUUACCCUGUUGAGCCAAAUGAAUAUUUUUGAAAAAAAUAUAUGUUAUAGAACAUUAGUUUAUACAUAAAAUACCCAAAAUUCGUGGGUGUCCCCUAUUUCGGAAAUAAUAAAAAAAAAUUUGAAAUAUUAAAAGAGAAAAUAUUACUAAUUAUAAGGAUAUUUGGAAAUCCAUUUUUUUUUAAAUAAUUCAUCUAGAUUACUUACAUAAUGUGUAUAAGUUACAAAAAAAUCGGUUCGGUAGUUUAGUUAAAAAAAAAUGAAAACCAAUUUUCAAUUUUUUUAAUUUUCUCAAAAACCUGCAGCAUUUUAGGGUUAUUUUUUUUGUGAAAUAGCAUCUUACAUCUGGCCUAAUAAAUUGGCAAAACAGCAAUCAAUUUGGCUUCUGGGGCCGAUGCCCCAUACAAACACGGCUAGACCCUUUAUUUCUAAAUAUUGGAGAACAGAAGGCGAUUCAUAAUUGUAUUAUUGAAACUGCAAGAACAUUUUCCAUCAUUGUUAUACAAGAAUAAAAGAAUUUUCAAUGU